UUUCAAUUUCGAUAGUCAAUAUGAAGUCAAUUUACUUAUUAGUCGUGCUGUUCACUCUGUGGCAAACUUGUUUUGCUGCUGCCGAGCAGUAUUAUUCGUCCUGCGAAGAGGCUAAGCUACAGAGAAGCGGAGUCCAGACAAUUAAAUUAGGCAACGACACCUUGAAUGUGUAUUGUGAGACCCCGAGAAUGGGAAAAAGUGGCUGGUUGGUGAUCCAGAGAAGAGUCAGUGCCGAGGAGAACUUUUAUCGCAAUUGGACCACCUACGAAAAUGGUUUUGGCGACAUAAAUAACAACUUUUUUAUUGGAUUGAAAACCUUAACAAAUAUGAUGCAAUUAAAGCCCCAUGAAUUGUAUAUUUAUCUGGAGAACUUUAAAGGGGAAACACGAUAUGCAUACUAUGAUUUCAUCAAUGUAGGGGAUGCAAGCUCCAAGUAUAAGCUGGAGUUAGGAACCUAUUACGGAACUGCCGGAGACUCAAUGGAUGAACACAGAAACAUGAUGUUUAGCACCUACGACAGUGAUAAUGAUAAAGUCGUCGAAAAUUGCGCAGCUAUGUACACAGGUGCCUGGUGGUACAACAGAUGCUACCACAACAAUCUGAAUGGUGCCUAUCUAGGAAGCGGUGUACAUGACGGGACCUAUUUGUGGGCCUCUGGUAUAGUUUGGAAAACAUUUCAAGACUAUACUUUAAGCCUAAAAAAGGUUGAAAUGAUGGUGAAACCCAAGUGGUAA